UUUGUUCUGUUGUGACUUGCACGGUUGCCAUGGCAAUGCUUGUGACUUGUCACUUGUUCCAUGUUACACCUUCAGUGCAGAGAGUGGUAGGAGAGAGAAAGGGAGCCGAAGAGAACCUUGUUUUAACACACACACAUCUUCCGUUAUGACUAAGAGUGCCAAGAGAUAUGGAAGGUAUGGAAUUGUAAGACAGAUGACCAUGGAAAUGGUUGAAUCGCAACAGGAUGAAAGUACAGUGGAUUCUCUGCCAGACAGAGAUGCUGUUCAUGAUCAGAGUCAGCCAGGUGAAAGUCAUAUUUCCUCAGUAUCUCAGAAGCUGUUUGAACUGUGUAGAACACCUAUCCGAGAAGCUCCAUGCCUUUUCCUCAGUGAAGAGCAGAGGUGUGAGGUGGAAAAUGUCUCCACGGGUUUUGCCUCAUAUGCACAGGUUUCUGUAGCUGCAUCAAGUGCUGGAAGAGGAUCUCCAGCAGUAACUCUAGUGCAGUUGCCUUCUGGUCAAACUGUUCAUGUCCAGGGUGUCAUUCAAGCCACACAGCCCUCAGUCAUUCAGUCACCACAAAUGCAAGCUGUUCAGGUAGCAUCGAUUGCAGAUGAGUCUGCAGAAUCAGAAGAGAUAAUUGAUUCUCAAAAACGUAGGGAAAUACUUUCAAGAAGGCCUUCAUACCGAAAAAUUUUGAAUGAACUAUCUUCAGAUACUCCUGCAGUCCCAAAGAUUGAAGAAGAAAAGUCGGAAGAAGAAGGAGCGCCUUCUGGAAUUUCUCCAAUGUCCAUGCCAACCAGCCUGUAUCAGACUAGCUCAGGGCAAUACAUUGCUAUAACUCAAGGUGGUACAAUCCAGAUUUCUAACCCACCCUCUGAUGGAGUCCGGGGACUUCAGGCAUUAACAAUGACAAAUUCAGGAGCUCCUCAGCCCGGUGCUACCAUCGUGCAAUAUGCAGCACACUCGCCUGAUGGCACACAACAGUUUUUUGUUCCUGGAAACCAGGUUGUUGUUCAAGCUGCCACUGGAGACAUGCCAGCUUACCAGCUUCGAACUCCCACUACUACCUUACCUCAGGGAGUGGUAAUGGCAGCCUCGCCAGGGACUCUGCAUAGUCCUCAGCAGUUGGCAGAAGAGGCAACGCGCAAGAGAGAGCUGCGACUUAUGAAAAAUAGGGAAGCUGCUAAAGAAUGUCGACGUCGGAAGAAAGAAUACAUAAAAUGUCUGGAGAGUCGUGUUGCAGUGCUAGAAGUUCAGAACAAGAAACUUAUAGAGGAGCUUGAAACCCUUAAAGCCAUUUGCUCUUCCAAAACAGAUUAGUAGAAAUAUUUAUUAUACUGUGAACUGACUAAAAUAUUUCCGGUUGCUUUAUAAGGCAAUACAUAGCCAACAUGAAUUAUGGUUUUCUCUUUGUGUCAUUUAUAUUAUAUUCCAACUUCUAACAUUCCCAAAAUGCUUUCCUGCUUUUUGUCAAUUCAUAGCUCCAAUUUCAGGUUUUCCACGCUCCUCCUUUCCACCUCCCAAGGAGCCAAAUGCUGUAAAAAAAAAAAAAAAAAAAAAAAAGGUGAAAAAGUGCAUAAUUUCUAAGAGCUGUUUCUUUGCCAUAUAUUUACAUACUACUUUUUACAUGUUACUGCUAGUGGCCUGCACAUACAAAAUAUUUUACAGUUGUUUUAAAUGAAUCACAAAGAUAAUGCAUCCAGUAAUACAAGAAAAUCAAACAACCCAAGGUAUCUCAGGAAAGAGUUUAUAAAAGAAUGUUAUGAUUACAUGUAUGUACUAGCAUACUAGUCUACAAAUGAUUUUAUGGCAUAUUUUUAUAUUAGUUGCUUUGUGGGGAAAAAAAAGUAUUGUAUUGCUGUCACUGAGUGCCAUGGUUAAAGAUAGUUUUUAAUAGAACCAUGUUGUUUAACCUG